AUGCGUGAAAUUGUGCAUCUGCAGGCGGGACAGUGUGGAAAUCAAAUAGGAUCUAAGUUUUGGGAGAUAAUAUCAGAUGAGCACGGCAUCGACCCCACCGGGCGCUACAUCGGCGACAGUGACCUGCAGCUCGAGAGGAUCCAGGUCUACUAUAAUGAAGCUGCUGACGGCAGCCGUUACGUCCCCCGCGCUGUGCUGGUGGACCUCGAGCCAGGCACGAUGGAUGCCAUUCGAUCAUCUUCGUAUGGGCAGCUCUUCAGACCUGACAAUUAUGUGUUUGGGCAAAGUGGUGCAGGCAACAACUGGGCUAAGGGCCACUACACUGAGGGUGCGGAGCUGGUGGAUUCGGUGAUGGAUGUCGUCAGGAAGGAGGCUGAGCCAUGCGACUGUUUACAGGGUUUCCAGUUAACCCAUUCCCUUGGAGGAGGAACAGGGUCUGGAUUAGGAACGCUGCUGUUGAGCAAACUCAGGGAAGAAUAUCCAGAUCGCAUCGUCAAUACAUUUAGUGUUACCCCGUCGCCUAAGGUCUCAGACACAGUGGUGGAGCCCUACAACGCUACGCUCUCCGUACACCAGCUCGUCGAGAACACCGACGAAACCUUCUGCAUAGACAACGAAGCACUCUACGACAUAUGUUUCCGGACACUGCGACUAGCUUCACCCACGUAUGGUGACUUGAAUCAUUUGGUGUCGCUUACAAUGUCAGGAGUAACCACUUGCCUGCGGUUCCCGGGACAGCUCAACGCUGACCUCAGGAAGCUCGCAGUCAACAUGGUGCCCUUCCCGAGGUUGCACUUCUUCAUGCCCGGUUUCGCACCACUUACAGCGAGGAACAGUCAAGGCUAUAGAGCCCUCACGGUGGCGGAGCUCACGCAACAAAUGUUCAGUCCAGUGAACAUGAUGGCGGCGUGCGACCCGCGCCACGGCCGCUACCUCACCGUCGCCGCCAUCUUCCGCGGACGCAUGUCCAUGAAGGAAGUGGACGAGCAGAUGCUCAGCGUGCAGGACAAGAACAGCAGCUACUUCGUUGAGUGGAUACCGAAUAACGUGAAGGUGGCGGUGUGCGAUGUGCCGCCGCGCGGGCUCAAGAUGGCGGCGACGUUCGUGGGCAACUCCACUGCGAUACAGGAGAUAUUCAAACGAAUCUCCGAACAGUUCACCUUGAUGUUCAGGAGAAAGGCUUUCCUCCACUGGUACACCGGCGAGGGCAUGGACGAAAUGGAGUUCACUGAAGCUGAAAGCAACAUGAACGACCUCGUGUCAGAGUAUCAACAGUAUGAGGAAGUAGGUGUAGAUGACGAAUUCGACGAACAAGAAGAAGAAGUUCCGGCUGAAGAGUAUCCAGAAGAG